UUCGCUUCAUGUUUCUUUCUUGUUAAAAUUUGUGUCCAACAUGGCUCGCGGACCUAAAAAGCAUUUGAAGCGUUUAAACGCUCCCAAAGCAUGGAUGUUGGACAAAUUGGGCGGCGUGUACGCGCCUCGGCCGUCCACCGGGCCGCACAAGCUGCGCGAGUGCCUGCCGCUGGUCAUCUUCCUGCGCAACCGGCUCAAGUACGCGCUCACGGGCAACGAGGUGCUCAAGAUCGUGAAGCAGCGCCUCAUCAAGGUGGACGGCAAGGUGCGCACCGACCCCACCUACCCCGCCGGCUUCAUGGAUGUUGUUUCUAUUGAGAAGACUAAUGAAUUAUUCCGUCUCAUUUAUGAUGUGAAAGGACGCUUCACAGUUCAUCGCAUUACUCCUGAAGAGGCCAAGUACAAGCUGUGCAAAGUGAAGCGCGUGUCGACGGGCCCCAAGAACGUGCCCUUCCUCGUCACCCACGACGGCCGCACCAUCCGCUACCCCGACCCGCUCAUCAAGGUCAACGACUCCGUGCAGCUCGACAUCGCCUCCUCCAAGAUCAUGGACUUCAUCAAGUUCGAGUCCGGCAACCUGUGCAUGAUCACGGGCGGCAGGAACUUGGGGCGAGUGGGCACCAUCGUGUCCCGCGAGCGACAUCCCGGCUCCUUCGACAUCGUGCACAUCAAGGACACCACGGGACACACCUUCGCUACCAGAUUAAACAACGUGUUCAUCAUCGGCAAGGGCACGAAGGCGUACAUCUCGCUGCCACGCGGCCGCGGUGUCCGCCUCACCAUCGCCGAGGAACGCGACAAGCGCAUCGCCGCCAAGGUGGCCGGCCAGUAGACUAAGACAAUAAACUCCUUACUCUA